AUGUCUCUCCGAAGUGAAAUAAGCCACACUCGCCGCGCGAGUAGUGAAUCGGCUUUAUUGUUAGAAACUUCAACUAAGUCUGCGGAAAAGGAAAAGAAACAUAUGACCAUCACUACCGCACUGGCGAAAUGCCAGGAAGGAGAGAUAGGCCCUCGACGUGCAUCGCAACCCAAAGAAAAUAUUCCUAUGAAAUGGCAGUUUGAUGAAAUUUAUCGGAUUCAAGAAGAAUACAAAAAAUCAGGAAGAGAUCUGGGCGAAUAUCAAGUCUCAAAUGAAGGAAGACAUUAUCGGACCCUUUCUCAUCCCGCCUCCUAUCCAAAACUUUCACAAACGGCCAAACAUCAGGAACUAAGGCAUCGGCAUAGCUCUUCCGAACUUAACGCCCUCAAACGUAGACCUUCACAUAAUUAUUAUUAUGGAUCCCGAUCUGUAAUAAAUCCAUUCCCCCAUUUGUCUAUGGGCGCAUACGACCCAUACAUGAUCGAUUCAGAUGAGAUGCAGAAGAAUCGAUAUGACGAGCUUGAUUUGGAACUGGAAUUACUAUGUACCCCAAGAUCAGCGGCUUCCAUGUUUUCCUCUUCGUCCCUCAGUCCAGUUGUCUUCAGUCCUCAGCCACUGACACCAAUAUCAUCAAGUUCACCAUGUUAUUCGCCUAGUACCCCGUAUUCUGCUCUCUUCCCAACAACAGAUAACGAAGAAUAUCUAAGAAUGCACUUCCCGUUGGACGAGGAACGCUGGCAGCUACUCGUCCAACAACAGUUAGAGAAUUCACUUGUUGGAUCUGGCUCAUACAAACCAAAUAUUUCUCCGCUCCCAAUACACGAAACGACGAGCAAGCCGCCAACGCCGUCGUACAUUAAUGACAUCUAUGCUUCGACACACAUGAAUUCAGGGAAUUUGGCAAUGGAUCAGAUACCUCGUACCUUACCCAAAGAACAAUGUUUUACUCAAUUACGUAGUUCUUCCCAAGAUCCGAUUGGAACAAGGACGCGCAAAUCUGAUGCGUCUGAGCUGCCGUUACCUACGGAUUCUUCUUCACAGUCGGGAUUUUCAUUCUUUUCCCGAUCGCCAACAACGUCCUUUAACAAAGCCUCGAUGUCUCUUAAUAUGGACAAAUCGGUCAUCAGCGAUGACGGAAGAUUUAGUCCGUUUAGAUCGUACUCUCCAGUGCCGCUUGGUUCCGGUGAAGAUUACUUUAGUACGUGGAGAAACAAGAGUUCAAGCGUUAGGCAAAAGUUUGAUAGAGAAGGUAACGUAGAGUCAUUCUCUCGCAAUCCUCUUUAUUCUUCACCCGUUCGUGAACGGGAACAAGAGACUCUGCGAGCCGGAAAUGGAUUGUAUACCAGUAGACAACCUUUACAACGCUUUGAUGAUGGGUGGGAUACUUAUGAGCUUAGAAUGGACAUGGAUAGAACACAACAUGCUCGAAACUUUGCGAGAUCUGAAAUGAUACCACGGCGUCCUCGAUAUUGUUCAUCGAGAACAACCGUUCAAGACCCAGCACUUAUACGACGUUCCUCAGAGUCUCAGAUCAAUUCUGUUUAUCAAAGACUAAAUGACAAUAUGGAAACGUUCGAUCGCGCUGAGCCUGCUGAUUUCUCCGCUCACGCAGAAUCCUUUGGCAGUAAAGGAGAGUGGCGUUUCCACAAUGGCUAUAAUAAUACUUUCAUGAACAAAAAUAAAAUGGACGUGACUAGAAAUGGGUUGGCGCUUGGGGUUAUAUGA